GCCAGAUGAUUGGUGACGGAGGCAGGCCAGCGUUUAUUUUGGCUCUGCUACUCAUUUGUCUCCCUGUCGCCGCCAUUAAACAACACGGAGGCAAUGUAAACCAUGGAAAGUCGCGAAUUUAUACGAUGAUUCGAGGAGUUCCGAGGCUUUGCCGGGGCUUGCUUUGUUCCGUGAGAGGUUAACGUGUCCAUUAAGGUAAACAUGUGACAGGGUAGAGGAGUCGAAGUCAUUCGGAUUGGGAAAGGUUUGAUUGAGCCGGAGGAGGAGGUGGAGGGGCAGGGGGGAGAGUGAACGGUGAAGGGUUUGUUGUGGUUUUCGGCAGCGCAGCGCAGUCACGAAACGUUCGUCCAAGUAAAGUAGUCCACAAUGACGGAACAGAGGAUAAAGUGGGCCUGUGACUACUGCACCUAUGAAAACUGGCCGUCUGCAAUCAAAUGUACCAUGUGCCGUGCACCAAGGUUGAGGGGACCCAUUAUCACAGAGGAACCUUACAAAAACAGUCCUGAUUUGGACUCCAGUUUGGAGUGGGAGCCUUCUAGAAGUGAAAGUGGCAGCAGUCUCCUCAUCUGUCCUGACUCCAGUGCCAGGCCGAGAGUCAGGUCACCAAGUAUGGCUGAGAUUGCCAGUAAGUGGUCCUGCCAGAUGUGCACCUAUCUGAACUGGCCACGUGCCAUCCGUUGCACACAGUGCCUCUGUCAGCGCCCGAGGACCAGCAGCCCUACUGAGUCCCCCCAGACAUCAGGCUCAAAUGCAGGCUGCCGCCCUGCUCUCCACUCUCCUGUGGAUACCUGUGAGGAGUAUAAUGACAGAAACAGACUCAACACCCACCAGCAGCACUGGACAUGUACUGCCUGCACUUACCAGAACUGGCCUAGAACUACAAAGUGUGUGGUGUGUGACCUCCCCAGGCCCAACAACCAGGAAGCUAUAGAGCUGGCUGAGUCUGCUGAGCCCUCACCCAUAAUCAACGAGCAGGACAGGGCUCGGUGGAGGGGCAGUUGCAGCGAAGGUCAUGGGCAAAGGAGAUCCCCUUCUAUGUCCAAGAGGGAAGAUCACGUCACAAUGGAUUUCCAGAGGAUAGCGCUCGCAGCUGGAGCCAUGAGCAGAGAGGAGCAAGAGGUCGACUUCAAGAAGUUAAAGCAGAUUAGAAAUCGAAUGAAGAAAACAGACUGGCUGUUUCUUAGUGCAUGUGCUGGUGUUGUGGAGGGAGACCUGGCGGCAGUAGAAGCUUACAAGUCAUCCGGAGGCGACAUUGCCCGGCAGCUCACUGCUGAUGAGGUGCAGCUCCUUAACCGGUCCUCAGCUUUUGAUGUAGGUUUCACCUUGGUCCAUCUGGCAAUUCGCUUUCAGAGGCAGGACAUGCUCACCAUUCUGCUAACAGAGGUGAGCCAGCAGGCAGCUAAGUGUAUCCCCUCCAUGGUGUGUCCUGAGCUCACGGAGCAGAUCCGCAGGGAGAUUGCAUCCUCCCCGUCACGAAAAGGAGACGUCACCUGUUUACUUUACUUCCUCACUGACCUGGUCAACCUUCACUCUAUACCUGCAGAUAUAGAGGACCUGCCGCCUGCUGUCCAGGAGAAGUUGUUUGAUGAGGUGUUAGAUCGAGAUGUGCAAAAAGAAUUGGAAGAGGAAUCUCCUGUUAUCAACUGGUCUCUGGAGCUGGGGACAAGACUGGACAGUCGCCUCUAUGCCUUGUGGAACCGCACAGCCGGAGACUGUCUGUUGGACUCUGUUCUGCAGGCCACCUGGGGCAUCUAUGACAAGGACUCUGUCCUCCGCAAGGCUCUCCACGACAGCCUGCACGACUGCUCCCACUGGUUUUACACACGCUGGAAGGAGUGGGAGUCGUGGUACUCACAGAGCUUUGGUUUACAUUUCUCCCUCAGAGAGGAGCAGUGGCAGGAAGACUGGGCCUUCAUCCUGUCUUUGGCCAGCCAGAGCCCCGGGUCCAGCCUGGAGCAGACCCACAUUUUCGUUCUUGCACAUAUUCUUCGAAGACCCAUCAUAGUCUACGGAGUGAAAUACUACAUUUUCCGUGGAGAAACGUUAGGCUAACCUCGUUUUCAGGGUGUGUACCUGCCUCUGUUAUGGGAGCAGAGCUUCUGCUGGAAGAGCCCCAUCGCCCUGGGCUACACGCGGGGUCACUUCUCGGCCCUGGUGGCCAUGGAGAAUGAUGGAUAUGACAAUCGUGGUGCGGGCGCCAACCUCAAUACUGACGACGAUGUCACUGUCACUUUCCUGCCAUUGGUGGACAGCGAGAGGAAGCUGCUGCACAUUCACUUCCUGUCUGCACAAGAGAUGGGUAACGAGGAGCAGCAGGAGAAGCUGCUGAGGGAGUGGCUGGACUGCUGCGUGACAGAAGGAGGCAUGCUGGUUGCCAUGCAGAAGAGCUCUCGCCGCCGCAACCACCCCUUGGUCACCCAGAUGGUGGAGAAGUGGUUGGACAGAUACCGCCAGACACCCUGUGCCUCUCUCUCCGACGGCGAGGAAGAGGAUGAUGAAGAUGAGUGAGUGAGGGGGAAGUAGAGAAGACAGAAAAGAGCUCUUAAAUCUUUAGAAUGGACAUCGGGUCUGGGAGAGAUGACCUUACUAUCUACUUUUUUUUUUUUCCCCUCCUUUCUUUUCUCCACAAUGUAAAUCUUGAACUUGUAAUAAUGCAUGUGUUCUGUGAGCUCUGUGGUAGAGAAGAGACCAGCACCAUCAAACAGAAUCCUGAUUAGCGCUCCCAUGAAAGCACAUCAAAUCCACUUUGUUUGGCUCCCCGUACUCAUACUCCUCCUCCCUGUUUCUUAUCAAGGUAACUAUCUCAACUUGAGAGAAGUACUAGCUUAUAUAGGAAAGUAUACUGUAUUGAAGCUGCACUAGAUGGCAAAGUUCAUUCAUACAGGAUUGCCUGACAGAAAUUUCUGCUUCAAACUGAGAGGAUGAUAAUCCGUUUGUGUGUGUUUAUGUUUAAGGUUUACAGAGCACUUGUUUUCCUGAUUGCUGAUCCCCUCUGCAAAGCCCCAUUUGCUGUUGGAUUUAUUUAUUUGUUUAGGAGAGUUAGCAUGCGGAGGCUAUGCCCUUUGUUGAGCCCCGUUUUAUGUUUUUGUUUGGGUUUUUUGAUCCUUUCAGUUGAAGUAUUGAAGUAUUUUAUUUUGCACAGAUAACAGCUACAUUCUGUGAGGGGGAGGGGGGAAAUGACAUACAGGCUUACUGACAUUUUUAUGUGUGAUAUAGUUUUUGAGUGGGUGGUGGUGAUGCUGGUGGGGGAAAACCUGCCUCUUUCAUUGGACAGCAUUAAUAUUAAAUUUGACUCACUUGCAUCUAC